CUAGUUGGAUUCAUUUCCUCUGUGCCAUGACAGGCACUCCAUAUAUGUUUUAAUUUACUGUGUAGCACUGAGUUUCCAUAGCAACUCUUGACUUUCUAAGUUCCCUUCAGACGUCCAAGCUGAUGACAUCUGAACUUUGUUCUUCCUCUGCGAAUAAGGCUUUUGCAGGUGGUCCAUUCCAGGAACUAUGUGACUAUGGCCGUGACAAAGGGCAACUGCAGGGUCCUUCUUUUCACAGCAAUGGCUUCAUGGACCUCUGUGAACCUCUGAUUCUUUUGACACUAUCUGUGGACUUACUGUGAGAGCUCAGAGAUCACAAGAGACCCCCCAGGCCCCCAGGGUCUCUCCCCAUGCCCUCCUGGCUGUCAUGGGAGAGUGUUGACUCAACCUCCUUUUGGCCCUUCGGGGACCACAGGCCCUGAAGUCCAGGUGGUCAUUGACCCCUGAGGGAAUCUCUCUGACCAUCCUCCUUGUUCCCAUUUACCUGUGAACAGACAGGUAGGUCUCCCAGUCUAGCAGGGUACCCUGGCUCCUGUGCAUGGUUGACUCACUGGAGCUGCUUGCUCCACACCUGGUGAAUGGACUUGUUGAAGAUGAUGGCUUUCCCCACCAGAUCUCCCCCUGCAGAAUUUGUGCACAGUACUGUUCCACCAAAGAUGUCCUUUGGGUGACCAGCAAUGUCACUAUAGUUGGAAAUAAGGAGCCCUACAAGCUAGCAGAUGCCACACCCCGUGGUCAGCAUGCGGCCUCAGGAGGCAAGGCCAGGUGAUACCUUAAACCCCAAGGCUGGGCGUCUUCCAACACCCCAAACUGUUGGUGUUGCAGACCCAUCACUGCUUUCUCAGUUCUCAGGUACCUCUCCAGUCUCGGCAUCUCCCAUGUGCACCUCGAAAAGUCACCCUCCCCCUUGUUUGAAGCCUCAAGUCUCAUUUCUAGACCAAUCACCGUCCUGGAGGUUGACAUCCCUGGGGUAGCCUGGACCAAUCAGGAGCCGACUCUGGGGCUGAGCUGUUGCUGCACCCCCAGGAUCUUGGGCGGAAGAGCCAGCAACAGCACCUGCCAUGUGUGCCUUUACUGAGGGCAGAGGCAGGCCGGAGUGUGGCGACUGUGUUUCUGUCUCGGGAGAUCAUAUCUGUUCCCAGCUUGCUCAGCCCUAUCUGCCCCCUAGCUUCCUUCCUGCUCUCUUCCAACCCUUUCCUCCUUCUCUCCCCACCCUGCUCCCUCCCUCCCUCCUAGGGACUUCCUCUCUCUGCCCACAGACACCCCACUUCUCUGCGGACCCUGCAGAGCACCUGGGUUCUCCCUGCUCUGCCUUCUCUCGGCUCCUGUGGCGCCUCCCGACCGGAGCAAGUAAAGGUAUGAUUUAAGUCUGGAUGAAAUGAGAACUCUGACACUUCAGAGAGUGAAGUUUACCAUGGGCCUACCUUUGUUAAAGCGUGCAAUUCAGGAACAGGCAGAGAAAACAAAGAAUUUUGUCAGUCGCAGCCUGGUCAUAGGAGAAGUCCUCUCCAUGGCGGACAUGGCCACGGGAGUCAAGUGUGGAAUAAUUUAUUGGCUAUUUGGUGGUGCCGUCAGGAAUCUCGGAAGCCCAGCACACGUGACUAAAUGGCUUCAGCCACUCCAGGAGCAGAAAUACACGGGGAUGUUUGCAAUGACUGAGAGGGGCCACGGGAGCAACGUGAGAGGGAUCCAGACAGAAGCCACCUUUGACCUCUCGGCACAGGAGUUUGUAAUAGACACACCGUGUGAAAAUGCCGAGAAGAUGUACAUUGGAAAUUCAAUGUAUGGGAAUUAUGCCGCAGUCUUUGCCCAGCUCAUCCUAAAUGGAAGAUCUCACGGGCCCCACUGUUUCAUCGUUCCUGUCCGUGAUGAAAAUGGAAGCUUGCGUCCAGGAGUGACGGCUAUUGAUAUGAUGUAUAAAGAAGGUUCGUCCUCAGGUCUCCAUGGUGUGGAUAAUGGGAUUCUGAGAUUUGACAAGGUUCGGAUACCAAGGGAGAACUUGCUGGAUAAGUUUGGUUCCGUGGCUCCAGAUGGCCAGUACCACUCCCCCAUUAAGGACAGGAGUACCAGAUUCAAUGCGAUGCUCGCUGCACUGACCCCUUCAAGAUUAGCUGUGACUUUUCAAGCUAUGGGUUCUAUGAAGCUUGGGUUGACGAUAGCCAUUCGCUAUAGCCACAGCCGGAGGCAGUUUGGGCCCAAAGCCAAGGAGGAGGUCAAGAUUAUCGAGCACCAAACACAGAACAUGCGGCUGAUGCCUCACCUGGCCACGGCUUUGGCCUUGACCUUCGUGAGCAGGUAUGCUGGUGUCCUUUUGGACAAGGACAUCUUCUCUGGGAAGGAGCUUGUCAACAGUCGCUCGCUGCAGGCUCUGGUGGCAGGGCUGAAGGCCUACAGUACCUGGGAGAAUGUCAGCUGCCUGCAGGACUGCCGAGAGUGCACCGGAGGCAUGGGUUAUAUGAUGGAAAACCGAAUCUCAGGCUUAAAAUGUGACACAGAUGUGUUUGUAACAUUUGAAGGUGACAAUGUGGUAAUGCUGCAGGUUGUUGUUCGAGAACUGCUGGCUCAGUACACCAAACAGUAUGAAAAAAGACCCCUCUCCAGCCUCCUCCAAAACUGGGCAGAGUCAGGUAGUGACAAGCUGAGAACCAGUGUCCUGGCCUUUAACGUGGAUACAGUCGGUAGUCUCGCCUUUCUGUUGAAAGCAGUGAAUUUUCGUGAACGGGUUCUUCAGCGGGGUUUGGUGGCCAGAAUUUACUAUAAGGUGAUGACCAAGAAGGAGGACUUUUUCAGUGCCUGGAACUCAUGUCUUCACCAUGUCACCUGCCUGUCGCUGGCACACAUUCACAGAGUCACUUUAGAGCAGUUCUUCCUGGCCGUGAACAGCUGUCCAGACCUAGAAGACCAGGCUUUGUUAAAGAAGUUUUGUCUGCUGUAUGGAACCAAGCUGGUGUUCCAGGAGCGAGCCUGGUAUCUUGAACAUAAAUAUUUCACUCCCGUGGCCAGCAUGAGGAUUAGGAGUCAGUUGCUCGAUUUGUGCGACUCGGUGAAGGAUGAUGCCCUGAGGGUGAUCUCCGCCUUUAACAUCCCGCACACCUCCCUCCACGCACCAAUCGCUGGAAUCCCCAACCCGAUGGCUGCCUGGGCCUUCUACCCAGCACCUCCGCAUCUCCUGGCCCGGGAAGGAGCGCGGUCUCCGCGGCCCAAGCUGGGAGCCAAGUUAUAGCGGAUGUGGCGGGAAGGGUGGUGGCGCGCCCGCAGCUGCCACUACGCUUCUCAGACGCCUGGAAGCUGGGGCCCGAGGCCAGCUGGCAUGCGCUGCGCCGCGGCGCUCAGGGACUUUGGUCGUGGAGAGGGGAUCCCGCAGAAGCUGGCGAAGCGCACUGCGGCUGUUGGGAAAGGGAGCCAGGCAGCAGCCCCGGGAGUGCAGCAUUUUAUCCGCUCCCAGUAACCUCUACUGGCCUGGCCACGACCUCUGCCGCCUUCAGCAGCAGAUACCCCUAGGCUGAGUGGGCUCCCCUUUGAGCGCGCUCUAGAGCUGGUUGCCACCAAAGGUCUCCGGUUGUCAGUGGUGACUCAGAUUCCCAGUGAUUUGUAAAGACUGUGGUGCUGGGUAGAAAAAAAGAAUAAAAGCAUAAAAAUCAAACACCCUCGGGCAAAGGUUCAGUUCAGCAAACGAUGCUCUUCCAGUAAAUCAGACCCCCUUGGGAACACAAGAUCAGGGCAAGAGGAGUGUGAGCCUGGAGUUUUGCUCUGGGCAAAUCACGACCUAGGGCUCGUCCUCCCAGGCAGACAGCUUCCUGAUGGACCGCAGGCGUGGAAAACAUUUUUACCAAAUGAAAGUGUAACCUACUUUUGAGGAGAUCAUAAAUAUAGACAAAGCUUAAUAAAGAAAGUAAUUGUUGGUAAGGCGCUGCCGCUGCUUGCAGAGGAUGGGGACUACACUGCCUUAAGUUGUCUUCCGAACUUGGAGAGCCCAUGCCGGCGACGCCUGUGGUUCCAGCGAAGGCCGUAGAUGUCGCCCGACUUCAUUCUCCCUUUUCAGUCCAAGCCAUCCUCCGUUCUCCCUCACAUCUCGUGGAGGAGGCUGAAGGGGACUCUGCUCUGCUAGUGUCCACAAGGGCGACGACCUCCAGGACCGAAGCGGAGACCUACUAUUUACCGGCCCCUUCUUACGCUGCCCCUUCUUGAGGUUGCGGAAGAGGGCGGGAAGGGCUUGCGGUCGCCCGACUCUGGGCUCUUGGCCGAUGCUCCUCCGCACAGUCUGGGUUGCACGAACAGCCGCCUCCGAGCCGACCUCCUGGUUGUGUCCCAAAUAAGAGCAUUUAGACGGCAGCUUCCCCCCACUCCUUUGUUUUUUAAAGUGUUUGCUGGGUCACUAGAGCAGACGACGCGGGGGCGGCGGAGCUGCACAGAAGCAGAAGACAACCGUCAGGGUUUCUUCUGUGUGGUUCUUUUCCGGCCCUUGUCUGCGCGGUUCAACGCCACGGAGAGCAUGGAGCAGUCUGGCGCGUGGCAGAUUUGGGGCUCCCAGCAGGGCACAGCAG